AUGUCUGGCUCCGGUUACGACGCCGUUGUCGAUGUCGACGAUGAGAAUACUCAGGGCGACCUCGGACACACCGAUCUCCAAGAAGACCUCGAAUUCCACACGUCCAACUUCGAUGACACAAACCCGAACACUCGCAAACCUCCUGCCGGUGGCAGCGGUCUUCCUGCGCCUGUCACAGCCUCGAGCGGCUCUGGCUCAUCAAAGCGCUUCCUCUGGAGUAUGAGCUUCUACGCUCAAUUCUUCGAUGUCGAUACGUCUGCUGUCCUGUCCCGCUGCUGGGCUGCUCUGUUCCCUCGGGCCAACUUCCUCGAUGUCCUUGAAGGCAACCCUGAUCUGUACGGGCCUUUCUGGAUUGCCACGACGGUUAUCCUGAUUCUGUUCCUGGGCGGUACUAUCAGCCAGUACAUGUCUGAGACGACCAACGAACCGUUCCUUUACGAUUUCAAGCUGCUAAGCGGCGCUGCUGGCCUUAUUUAUGGCUACACCCUAUUCAUCCCUAUGGCCCUCUUCCUGGCCCUCCGAUACUUCGGUAGUGAAUCCGCCAAUCUCCUUGAGUGUUGGGCUCUGUACGGUUACUCCAACUUGAUCUGGAUUCCUGUGGCCCUCAUCAGCUCGUCACCCAUUUCCAUUCUCAACUGGGUGUUUGUCGGCGUCGGUUUCGGCAUCUCGGUCGCAUUCCUGUUGCGAAACCUGUACCCUGUUCUCAGCGCUACAGAUCGCCAGGUCAGCAAGAUCCUGCUGGUCGUCGUGGUGUUGCUACACGCUGGUCUGUCGCUCGCUAUCAAGAUCCUGUUCUUUGCGCAUGGAAGCCCUGUGGCGAGCAAACCUGAUGAGGGUAAGGGCAGCCUUAUGUUUUAA